AUGGGGGCCUGCAGAACAUCUCUAACUGAGCACCCAGAACCAAAAGGGGGUCAGGCGCUGCCGAGAGCGAAUCCAGGGCGGCCUCACGACCUCCAGGUGCACACAGAGCCCACGUCAGAAGGGAUCGCUAAAGACGCCACAGACCCUCCGGGCCCCGGAGAGCGGCAGCUACGCAAGAAAAUUCACUUUCCGAGGCCGAGUAACUCCCCCAUCCUUUUUCUUCUUCGUUUCUCCCUUCUCAGGUCGUCGGAGGAACACAUCAGCCAUGCCUACCACCUGCUGACGACGCGGCUGCGGGAGGAGCACGCCGAGGUGCGCUUCUCGGCUUUCCAGAUCGUGCAGGAGUUGUUCAGCCGAUCCCAUCCAUUCCGGACGCUGAUUAUUUCCAACUUCCAAGAGUUCUUGGAGCUCACGGUGGGGAUAGACCAUGAGCAGCCUCUUCCCCCGCCCAAAGAGGUGGCGCAGAAGCUGAGGAAAGCUGCCAUUAAGUCGGUGCAGGAGUGGCAUGAGAAAUACGGAGAGGCCUACAAGAAGCUUGCUCUGGGAUACCACUUCUUAAAGCGGAAUAAGAAGGUGGAUUUUCAAGAUGUGCAUGCCAGAACUGUGGCUGAAAGGAGGAGGGAAGAGGAGAAGCAAAAACGAUUGGAUAACAUUUACAAAGAAAAAGCCAAAAGAGCUGAAAAAGAAAUGGAAGAAAUGUCCCAAGAGGUUGCCGACACACUGACAGAGAUGGAAAACUGUUUCCAGCUUCUGAUGCCAGAUCCUUUCAACUUCACUGUGAAUGACACGGAGCUGGAACCCAACAAAAAAAUGACUGCUAAUGAGGAUAGACCUGCAUCCCCCUUGCCCUCCUGGGUGGAAGUUAACCAGUCCUGUUUUGGAUGCGUGGAUGAUGAGCAGCCAUGCUGCAGCAAGGACGUUCUUUCUGUUUCUCAGUGUGUUAGCACUGAUAAAACCAAGGAGUUAGAUGAGAAACAGGAGAAGCCUGAGCAGAAAGAAUUAGAUGGAGGCACAUGCUCGGAAUUUCAGUCUGGCACCCCUCUCAGUGAUGAAGAUUACCAGACUUUUGUUAGGAACCAUGGACUUAUUUCACAUAAGUAUACUCUAGACCUUGAAAUCUCCACAGAUAUAAAAGUGCAUGAGAAUGAAGAUAAUACUGCCAUAAUAAACAAUGUCAUGGAUGCUCACAAACUCCUCAGAAAUAAGUUUUGGCCCUCUGUGCAGUCCUGGAUUCAGUUAUUUACCAGAGCAGGAAUAAGUGAUGAUCGGCUAAGAUGUGCCAUUGAUCUCAAGAAUAAAUUGGAGACUGCUAUGAAGAAAUACAAGGAAAUGAACAUUUCCUUUAAAGCGAGAAAAAGAGAAGAGAUGAAAGCCUCGGAUGAUGACGACGACGAGGAUGAAGAUGAAUUUGUGGAGGUCCCUGAGAAGGAAGGUUAUGAGCCCCACAUUCCAGACCACCUGCGUAAGGAAUAUGGGCUAGAACCUCAGUCACCUCCAAAAGCACCGGUGGGGAAGACAUCAGUAGGACCAGCUCCGCAGAGCUCCCGUGCCCAGCUGAAAGGGAAUGAAGAUGAACUUGAUCCAACCUGUGCAGCUGCCACACUGAAACUUAUUAGAGACAAACUACCGAAGUUACCACCUCCACAUGCCAGUGGCCCUGCAACUACUGAGCCAGCAGCCUCAGAAGAGCCUGACAGUAAGAGAAGAAAACUAGAAGAAGAAAGAGCUAAAGCUCCCCUCAUGCCUUUUGGAUUAGAUCUUCACUACUGGGGACAGGAUCAGCCAAGUGCUGGGAAGAUUCUCAAAUUUGCCUCUGAGCAUCGAUUUUGGGCACCCAGGGAAGUAGAGGAAGAGGUGGAAAAUAAAGAAAUAACUGAAAUGUUAAAAACUAGAUAUAUAACAUUUGCUGGCAAGUUUGAACCAGUGAAACACAAAUGUCGAGCACCAAUGCCCGAUGGAAGUCUGUGUGAAAGACAAGAUCGGAUUAAGUGCCCUUUCCAUGGAAAGAUAAUUCCUCGGGAUGAAUCCGGGAUUCCUGUUAAUGCAGAGGACAGAGCCAGAGAAGAAAAGAUGCGGUUUGAGAAGCAAGCGGCUCAGCCAGAGUGGCGGGAUCCAGAGUUCAUGAGAGAAGUUGAAGCAGCUACAGGAGUGGAUCUUGGUUCCUCUAAAAAUAAUGAAAAAGGAGGGAAAAAGAAAGGGAAGAAGAAAAAAUAUCCAAAUCUGACAGACCUGAAGCAGCAAGCUAACACCUCUCGUUCCCGGCUUGAAAAGAAAGUUUUCAAUAAAGGUGCUAUGAAACGGGUGGUGAAAGCAAUGAACCGAGUGGACCAAAGAAAGCACGAGAAGUUUGCCAACCAGUUUAACUAUGCGCUGAAUUAAAUUGUUAAUCAUCUUCUUUGCCCUUCAUUUUAUUGCAAGAGCACAACUGCACAAAACCUUUAUCACAGAUCUUCAUAUUUACACUGAAAUACUGUGCUGGGUGGAUUUUUACUGGGGUAAUUUUUUAAAUUGUCUUCAACUUUAACUUAUUUGAAAUGAACAUUAAUUUUGGCAAAGAUGUGGUGGUAUGGAAUGCCUUUAACAAGUUGAUAAUUAUUUGAAAUGUACAUGAAAUAGAGCAUGUUUUAUGACUUGUACAUACUCUGGGUAAAAUGUUCAGGUUUGUGGGCGGGUUUUUUCCUUCCUAAGGGUGUAAUUUAAUUUAUACCUCCUUUGCCAACGUGUGUGUUGUAGUUUGCCUCCACUUUCAUGCCUUCAGAAAAAAGACGCCUUAGAAACAGUUAUAUUUCUACCAGAGAUGGCAACACACACAGUAUUUGCUAAGCCUACUGAUCUAGAAAGUGUACCACAUGAGGUGCCUCCUGCAGUACCUCUGAAGACCUCUUGUGUACAUGCAAAAAAAAAUCCAAAUCAACUGAUGCCUUCAGAUAAUCAGUGGAGUAGAGUUUGAUUUUCGGCAAACUGAAAUCCAGGAACUAAUUCAAAGUUGGUAUCUGUGGUGGUGGAGAAGCUGAAAUGACCAAGCUCAUCCUGGUCUGCUUCUUGUCUUCCCAAGAUGGUGUCCCGGUAUCUUUCAGAACUGCAUGUGGAAAGCAUGUUGUGAAAGCUUGUGGAGAUGCUCAGAAUGUGCUGCAAUCUAACUGAUACCAAAAAGCUCUAGUAACAAAGUGAAGGUAUGAGGUUUUAAAAAUUGUUUGAGUGGAAUACUGUGCUGGUGAACUGCCUGGCUUGAAUCAGUGAAAAUUCCACCAGUCUCAAGCCUGAGAGUGCAUCUAAGGAUCCAGAUACAAACACAAGCAUCUGGCCUCUUCUAACUCCAGGGAAUUUGAACAGACAUGCUGAGAUCAAGUGGCUGGAUCCAACGUGGUUUGUUGUUAUCAGCUGGGUACUUCACCAGAUCUCCCAAACCCGCUUUGCUGGCUGCAGUCAUGUCUUAAGCAGAGCGAACCAAACGUUGAGCAGUUGUGCUCUUGCAAGGUCUCAUACAGUUUGAUGGGUGAAGGAAAUCCAGAAUAUCAAGGAGGAUAGAGUGUUUGAAAAUCAAUUUCAAAGUGAACUGCAGAAGUCUUCAAUAAAAUACUGAAUACAAAUUAGAAUGGAUUCUCUACAGCACUGGCUUAGUCACCUGUUAGAGGUGUCUCCUCAUGGAUCAAAAGUCUAUAAGAAUUUAAAAAGGAGAAAAUUUUAAACUCCUCAGUGUAGCUUCUGACCACCUCAGACAAAAGCUAAUUUACAGUUCUGCCAAAUACCUCUUGACUUGCACAAGUACCACUUGGAAAGCGAUUAAGGCUGAAUCUUGAUAGUUUAUCUUGCAAGAGCUCUGCAGUUUGGAAGACAUUCUCCUCUUCAACACGGGUAUUUAGAAGAUGUACUUCUAAACUACCAGAAAUUGAUAAAUAGCCAACUGCAAGUAAGAAUUUAAAAACACACCUCCUGCACUGGAAAGCAAAGCCACUCCAGCUAUCAGUCUAGCUAACAUGGCAGUGAAGGCUUCAGGGGAAAAUGUAGGCAAGGACAAACCAAGUUGAUCACCAGGUCAGCUGAAUCCACUGCUGAGAUGUCAGCACUAGAAAAUUUCCAGCGAACAGUAGGUGCGCUUUACCCCAUGGAGUUCCCAUUUUAGGCCUUUAGUAAAAUAAAAAAAAGCCCAACGGUGAGACUGGAAAUGGAAAUGGUAGAAAUCAGUGAGAAAAAAAAAAUGUACAUAGAAAGUAACGCUCCAUUAUGAUGUUGCUCAGUCUCAUCAGUUCUAGAAUUAUCAGAUGAAAUUUCCUAUCUGGACAUGCGUGUCCAAUUCGCCAGUUAAACCUGAUCCUAUAUGCUCUCCCCCUUUCUUUAUUAAAAACACACACGCAUGCAAAAAGGUGCUUUUCUGGAGUGCUUCUUCCAUGCUGUAAGACGAUUUGCAGAAUUAAGGUUUCCCAGCUGGUUAACUCAGACACAGGUGCAUGGGCUCUGGGCCAGGUUAGUGAUGACCUUUUUUUAAGUUCUUCUGCUUUUUUUAUUUACUGGUUUUGUUCCAAGAACUUUCCUUGUCAAGUGGGGAAUAUGCUCAGUUAGAUAGGAUUUUUUUUUUUCCUUUUUGCCUCGAAGCAAGAAAGACCAUUGACUCUUCAUGGGACAACGUGUUAAACACGCAUCCUCCGUAGCGCUGCCUUUAUGCUAGCCUGGCCUCUUACCAGCAUGCAUCUUCCCCUCAUCCAGUGCUUGAGAAACCCCUGCUUCUCCUCCCAUGUUAAUUAUUGCCUCAUUUAAUCAAAUCAUUUCUCUACGAGGGCAACUCAGCACAUAUACACAAAACAGGUCUUAAAUUUUGCCACUUAAGCAUUCUCAGUAGACACAAUUCAGAGGAUUUUAGGAGCUUUCUCCUUUUCCUGGGUUUAUCUGUAGCUCUGCUGGAGCAUAAUUUUAAAAAGGCAUCUAAAGAUGCCAGAGAUCCAGCAUACCUUCAUUAAAUAGAAAUCCUUUUAAGUUCAAAGUAAAUUAAUCUAUGUUUUAGAGACAUCGCACCUCUUUGUGCAUCACUUUACUUACAGCAGUUUGCAAAUUCAAGGUCUCCGAGCUCACUAGCUCUUCAAACAUCUCAGGUGCUAAACUGUCUGUGUGAUGUUUCUCCCGGAGCUUUUCUAUUCCUGUCCUUGGUUGUUCUGGGAAAAAAAAAAAAAAAAAAAAAAAAAAAAGAAAAAUACAAGUAUCGUUCACGUAAUCUCUGCUGUGCAUUUUUGUCUUUAUAACUCACUCAAAUGCCUUUGCAAUUGUACUGUAACGUACUUGUACCUACUGGGGAUAACAGCAUAUGAUUUCCAGGUACCUAAAUACCUGGGAUGAUGUGGCCCUUGGAGUGUUGUUAAGGUGAGUAUUUGUAAUACAGGUUGGAAGUUCUGUACCUCUGAAAGGACAUGGUAGCUCUGAGCUGGAGUGAGCUGUGCUGGCGUAUCUGAGUCAUCCUUGUAUAACGAGUGCUGGUUCGGUGGUAAAACAAGAACUGAAGGCAAAGUCUUCUCCACGGUUACUCUUACCUGAGCACACAGUUGCAUCUGGGAAGUGAAAGCCCAGAAGGAAAAGGCUACAGGGUCUGUGAAUUUAGUGCCAUUUAAGGUUGGAAUGAAGGGUCUGGCCCUCUAAUCCAAAGCACUUGGUGAUGUAAGGGAGCUUGGUACGGAGUUUGUGAGCAGGACUGCUGAAUAAUAAUCCUUCAGCACGUCCCCUCUGGAGUUAUGGAGGCAGGAUGAUGGGUCCAUACUCAUCUUUUGCAGGAUACCUUGCGAUUUUGUUUUCUCUAAACUUACUUGAGGCUUGGCUUUAGCAAUCCAGGUCUGGCUGAAGAGUUCUAUUAGGAAACUCUUACCCUUAAAAGCUCUCAGAAAUGACGUUUAAAGGAUUUGUUUGGGUUUGGGGUGGGUUUUUUUGGAAGCAAGACAAAGACAGUAUUUGUAAGCGGUUCUGCAUGGACAGUGCAUCACGCCAUGUAAAACAGAUUGCAGGUUGGGGAGGGCAUCAGUGAGUUCAGGGUGGACAUGAUCGAAAAAAACCAUCUAUCUUUUGUGGAAAACAAAACAUAAACCUGUUCCACUUAAAAUGGCUGUGGAAGUGGGCGAAAAGAAUGUUCCUAAUUGUAAGGAGCUACUAGCCAGAAGCAAGAAGUAGUAUUGGAUCUCAAGAACCCAGCCAGUGAAAACUCAAUUCAGCAAGUAUCAAAACAGUCUGGCGGAGAUAGCCAUCUGGUGGUCUCUAACACUCCUGCAAAUACCUGGCUGUUGGUGCAGCCAUGUGUGCAGCUCAUCCGGUGCUAUUAAACACAUUAAUGGGUUUAAUCAUGGAGGUGAUGUAAAUGCAUCUGUAGGUUACGCAUCAGGAAAGGUAAGGACAUCUGGAUGAAAAUUGGUUGGUUAAAACCAUGCCUUUUAAAAUGAUACUGCCGCGUAGGAAAACUUGAUGCCUCUGCAGUAUGGUCUGACCACGGAGAGUAGCAAGUGGGCAUAGAGAGGGACCUUCUGCGAACUGGCCCAAGAAAGGUCUGGGUGCCAAAACUGCAGCCCAAGAAAUGCUUUAAGUUUCCUGGGCCCCUGAGGGUCUGUACGUGCUGUGAGCUGCACUGGCCUUCCCCCCUAGACCAGAGUUCUUGGUUAACCCUAAUGAGACCCAGGGAGAGAAUUGUAUGAGCACUUGAGAAGGCUUGAUCUGGCACGUAUUUUCACACCUUGCCUAACACCCACCAAAUGCAUAGCUUGUACAAAAAUCACCGGUUUUAAAUAGGCAGAGGCAUUAUGGUGCACCUAAUAGCUCUAAUGCUGGAACGCACAUUCAGGCGAGGUGGAGUUCCAGGUCCCUUCUCAGCCUGGGAGGUGAUGGUCCCACAUCCCCUCGCAGGAGACAGCGAGUGACAUGCAAGGGAGCUGGAGGGAGACGGUUUGCGUCACCCGUUCUCCUGUGGGAACUGAAACUGAACCACAGUAGGGUAAAAAAGAGCUGUCCAAAAGACAGGCCCCAGAGUGGCGCAAGGGAGUGCUGGAUCUGGAUCCUUGCUCCCUGGACACAUACUGUGGAAAACGCCACUGAGUUUCAUGGCUUCAGGAAAGAGCUCCUUCGCAGGAAUUGUCACCAGCGAGAAGACCAGCCUUUGGGACCUCUUGGACACCACAGCCUGAGAGAAGGCCGUUACUCCGGUAACUACUGGAGAACAGUUUCUCCCUAUGUCUGUUUUGGGAUGCCCUGGGACAGCUACACUUAAAUAAAACCAAAACAGCUAUCAACAUCUUGCUCCUGGGUGAAAAUAACACUUGAAUUUGCACCUGGAAACAUGAAAGAGAGUUCUGUCCCAUUCAGCGCCUAAGGAAAACUCCACAGUGCUGGGAGAGUGGAGUGAAGUCAAACCCCUAGCAAAGUGAGAAAGGAAGGACAGGGUAGGGGCU